AUGUCAAGGCGCACUAUAUAUGAUCUGCUUGAUGCUAAGCACCUGCUCUAUCGUACAACGAGUGGUAUAACCCUAUUGAGACCCAUCGAGGCCCUAAUGACUGCAACAACUACAUCUUCAAGGGCCCCUUCGACAAUACCAACCCCGAAUGGUCUUCCCCUCUAUACCGUCGUCUCGAUGUUCCCGCUCUGCUCUUCAACACUUAUACCACCAAAUACCAAGCUCUAUGACGCAAACAACACUUUUGCUGACCACGUUAAGAGCGACCCUUUGCCUGAGCACUCCUACUUAUCCAACAGCUUCUACGCCGACCAGCCCUCCACCGGUGCAAUCUGGCUCAACUCGUGGCUUGACCUCCAUCUUCCCGAGCUAGAGGCUCAGGGUACACUCGUAGUUGCUACCUUUGACGAGAUAACCUGGCAGAACAAUGAUGAUUACAGCCCCAACAAUGACAAACACGUCGAGGCCAUGUGUUUCGGUGCCAGCAUCACCCCCGGCACUAAGGACGACAUCUAUAUCACUACCUACGGUCUUCUCGGUAGUGCCAUCCAGAACUUUAGCCUCGGCUCUCUCGGUCGUAACCACACCAACGCCACCAGUAGUGAUCUAAUUCUUUCAAAAUUUUGUGCUAUAAACUCCUAG